AUGAUGGACGAGCCGAUCGAUUGGCGAAAUCCGGUCAUUCCGCAAGUUCCAGUCAGAGCGCCUUCCCCCUCUAAACAGAGACGACUUGUUCUUACCAGCUCAGAAGCUCCCAAAAGUUCAAUCGCCAGUUCGCCAGUCAUCAGCAACCCAUCAAGCAAUCUGCAGCCGCGACUCGCUCAGCCGCAAACUGCAUCGCCGACACCACUGCUAAAAACAGCUUCAAAACCUAAAUCCCCAAAAGCUUCAAAGAGAUGCGCAGUCAUCUUUAACGAUUUCGUCGACGUCAGGGAAGUGGACGAUUACGACAGAAAGGUUGACAAAUCAUGGACGAGACUGACUCAAUAUCAAAAGUUACGAAUUCGCUGCGAAUUGAACGAUUUCAAAACGACGGAAAUGAACGUUCACCGCGAGAGCCGACAAUUUACAAGGAUGCAUCGAAUAUAG